AGCCAGGCAGCAGCCGCGCGUGGGAUAGUGUGGAUUUAAAUAACUGAUCGGACUUUUCUGCGCGUUCCCUGCAGCCAUGCCCCACUGAAGCAGACUCUUCAUCAGACCUGCUGCCAGCUCUUCUCUCCUCUUCCUCCUCCCCUCCUCUCUCCUCUUCCCCUUCAUCCUUUCCUCCUCCUCUUCCUCUUUCUGUCCACCAUGGUCUCCUGCUCCUCUCCUCUGCUCCUCUUCCAUCUCCUCUCCCUCAUCCUCUUCUCCUCCCCUCUCCUCUCUGCCCCGGCUGCUCCUCCACCUCCCUCUGUGGCGUCGGGCAGAGUGGUGUACCGGGCCUUCGACACCUCUCUCACUCAUCUGACUGUCCACCAGAGGACAGGUGAGGUGUAUGUCGGAGCCGUCAACCGAGUGCUGAAGCUAUCGGCUAAUCUGACGGAGCUGAGGAGUCACAUGACCGGACCUGUGGAGGACAAUGCUAAAUGUUACCCUCCGCCCAGCGUCAGGUCCUGCGGCCAUCGACUGGAGAUGUCAGAUAACGUGAAUAAGCUCUUGCUGGUGGAUUAUAUCGGGAACAGACUGGUGGCAUGCGGCUCCAUCUGGCAGGGUGUCUGUCAGUUCCUCAGGCUGGAGGAUCUUUUCAAACUGGGGGAACCGCAUCACCGCAAGGAGCACUACCUGUCUGGAGCCAGAGAGGCUGAUGGGAUGGCAGGCGUGGUUGUUGAGGACGACUGGUUGGCUGACCCCAAGAGAAAAAAACCAGAGAAGGCCAAGAGCCACUUGUUCAUCGGGGCCGCCAUUGAUGGAAAGUCUGAAUAUUUCCCGACGCUCUCCAGCAGGAAGCUGGUGGUCGAUGAAGAAAGCGUCGAGAUGUUCUCACUGGUUUACCAGGAUGAGUUUGUUUCCUCACAGAUCAAGAUCCCCUCCGACACCCUGUCGCUCUAUCCCGCCUUUGACAUCUACUACGUCUACGGCUUCUCCAGUCGCACGUACGUGUACUUCCUGACGCUGCAGCUGGACACGCAGCUGACACAGAUGGAUGCCGGAGGAGAGAAGUUCUUCACGUCUAAGAUUGUGAGGAUGUGCUCCAACGACACGGAGUUCUACUCGUACGUGGAGUUUCCUCUGGGCUGCACAAAAGACGGCGUGGAGUACCGAUUGGUCCAGGCUGCCUACAAGCAGAAACCAGGGCGGCGGCUGGCACAAGCACUCGGCCUUUCUGAAAACGACGACAUCCUGUUUGUUGUCUUCUCACAGGGUCAGAAGAAUCGCUCCAACCCCCCCAGAGAGACGGUCCUCUGUCUGUUCACCCUCCAUGACAUCAACCUGGCCAUGAGAGAGAGGAUCCGCUCCUGUUACCGCGGAGAGGGACGACUCUCGUUACCGUGGUUACUCAACAAAGAGCUGCCCUGCAUCCACACUCCGAAGCAGAUCGGAGAUGAUUUCUGCGGUUUGGUACUGAACCAGCCGCUCGGAGGCCUGAGGGUGAUCGAGGGAUACCCGCUGUACGAGGACCGGACCGAGGGCAUGGGCGCAGUGGCCGCAUACACCUACGGGGAGCACACGGUGGUGUUCGUGGGAACCCGGAGUGGACAGCUGAAGAAGAUCCGUGUGGAUGGGAUCACACCGCCGGCCCAGAAUGCUUUGCUGUAUGAGACGGUGACUGUGGUGGAGGGGAAGCCAAUCCUGAGAGACAUGGUGUUCAGUCCCGACCAUCAGUACAUCUACCUGCUCAGUGACAGACAGGUGAGCAGACUGCCGGUGGAGAGUUGUGAGCAAUACAGCAGCUGCUCAGACUGUCUGGGAUCAGGAGACCCUCACUGUGGAUGGUGUGUCCUUUUCAACAAAUGUUCCAGACAGGAAGCAUGUGACAAGUGGGAGGAGCCUCAGCACUUUAACACUCGACUGGACCAGUGUGUCAACAUCUCUGUUACCCCGAGCAGCAUGUCAGUCACCUCCCCGGCAAUGCAGUUAACCAUUCAGGUGCAGAACGUCCCUGCGCUGUCUGGUGGUGUUUCCUGUGUAUUUGAAGACUUGAGCGAAGCUCCUGGAGAGGUGCUACCCAAAGGUCAGGUGAUGUGUAUGUCGCCAUCACUGAGAGAGCUUCCAACACAGACACACUCCUAUGAAGAGAAGCGAGUGGUGCAGCUCAGCCUUCGCUCUAGAGAGACUGGACACCAAUUCAUCACCACCAGCCUCAUCUACUACAACUGCUCUGUGCUCAACUCGUGCACUUCCUGCGUCAGCAGUGAGUUUCCAUGUCAUUGGUGUAAAUAUCGUCACAUCUGCACCAAUAACCUGCAGGACUGCUCCUUUCAGGAGGGACGAGUCAGCAACAUGGAGGGCUGUCCUCAGAUCCUCCCCACCUCUGACAUCCUUGUUCCGGCCGGGAUGGUUCGUCCAAUCACUUUGAGAGCUCGUAACCUCCCCCAGCCUCAGUCUGGCCAGAAAAACUAUGAGUGCGUGUUCAACAUCCAGGGGAAGAUCCAGCGCAUCCCUGCUGUCCGCUUCAACUCCUCCUGCAUUCAGUGUCAGAACACUUCGUAUUGGUAUGAAGGGGACGAGGCUGGUGAUCUCCCCGUGGAUUUCUCCAUUGUCUGGGACGGAGAUUUCUUCAUCGACAAGCCCGUGUCUAUGAAAGCAUUGCUGUAUAAGUGUGAGGCUCAGCGCUCCAGCUGUGGUCAGUGCCUCAAAGCUCCACCUGCCUUUGAGUGUGGGUGGUGCACCGAAAGCAGGAAGUGCCUCCUCCGACAGCACUGCCCAUCACCUGAACAGAACUGGAUGCACCACGGCCGACACAACCUGCGCUGCAGCCACCCGCGCAUCACCAAGAUCAAUCCUGUGACAGGACCUCGGGAAGGAGGGACUCGGGUGACGAUUGAGGGGGAGAACCUGGGUCUGCAGGUGAAGGAGAUCGCCCAUGUUCAGGUGGCGGGAGUCCGCUGUAACCCCAUCCCUUCACAAUACAUCAGCGCUGAGAGGAUCGUGUGCGACAUGGCUGAGGCUCUCGUGCCUCACUCUCCAGGCGGUCGGGUAGAGGUCUGCAUCGGCUUAUGCAACGACGAAUAUCGAGCUUUCUCCAGCGACACUUACGCCUUCGUGAGCCCAAGUUUCAGCCGUGUUCACCCAGAGAAGGGGCCCGUGUCUGGAGGAACCAGACUGACAGUGACGGGUCGACACUUGAAUGCUGGCAGCUCCGUCAGUGUCUACAUCAACAAGGAGGAGUGUCUGUUUGUCAAGCGGACCAGUCGGGAGAUAGUUUGCAUAACUCCCGGCUCCACGUCAGGCACCGGCGAAGCCCCCAUCCGUCUGAAGAUUGAUAGGGCUGAGGUCACAAGCUCAGAUACCAAAUACACGUACACGGAUGACCCAACCAUCACCAGCAUUGAGCCAAACUGGACCAUCCUCAAUGGGAGUACAGUGAUAACGGUGACAGGAACCAACCUGCACACCAUCCAGGAGCCCAAAGUCAGAGCCAAAUAUGGAGGAGUGGAAACUAACAAUUACUGCACUGUAGUCAAUGACAGCACAAUGACAUGUUUGGCUCCUGGUCUGGUCUACACUAAACCCGACCCGCCAGAGGGGGCACUCCGGCCCGAUGAGUUCGGCUUCAUCUUUGACCAGGUGUCCUCUCUGCUGGUGCUUAACUCCACUCCCUUUACACACUACCCAAACCCAACCUUUGACCCCCUGGGGAACUCUGGGAUCCUGGAAGUCAAACCAGGGUCACCCAUCAUCCUCAAGGGUAAAAAUUUGAUCCCUCCCGCCCCUGGCAACAACCGCCUGAACUACACAGUCCUGAUUGGAGAGUCUCCCUGCCUGCUGACUGUGUCAGAGAAUCAGCUGCUCUGUGAUUCACCUGAUAUCACCGGAGAAAAGCGAGUUGUGAUCUUGGUGGGCGGUCUGGAGUACUCCCCGGGUAUGCUCCAUAUCUACUCCGACAGCGCCUUGACUCUGCCCGCCAUCAUCGGGAUCGGAGCAGGUGGAGGCGUGCUGCUCAUCGCGAUUAUUGCAGUGCUGAUCGCUUACAAGAGGAAGACCCGUGAUGCCGACCGCACACUCAAACGCCUCCAGUUGCAGAUGGACAACCUGGAGAGCCGGGUGGCGCUAGAGUGCAAAGAGGCAUUCGCGGAGCUGCAGACAGACAUCCAAGAACUUACCAAUGACAUGGAUGGAGUGAAGAUUCCCUUCUUGGAAUAUCGGACCUACACGAUGAGAGUCAUGUUCCCAGGAAUUGAAGAGCACCCUGUCCUCAAAGAGCUUGAUUCUCCAGCCAAUGUGGAGAAAGCGCUGCGGCUCUUCAGUCAGCUGCUCAACAACAAGAUGUUCCUGCUGACCUUCAUCCACACGCUGGAGGCUCAGAGGUCGUUCUCCAUGAGAGACCGGGGGAACGUCGCCUCCCUGCUCAUGGCUGCUCUGCAGGGUCGGAUGGAAUAUGCUACAGUGGUGUUAAAGCAGCUGCUGGCCGACCUGAUUGAGAAGAACCUGGAGAACAGAAAUCAUCCCAAGCUGCUGCUGAGGAGGACGGAGUCUGUUGCUGAGAAGAUGCUGACGAACUGGUUUACUUUCCUCCUGCAUCGAUUCCUCAAGGAGUGUGCGGGCGAGCCUCUCUUCAUGCUGUAUUGUGCCAUAAAGCAGCAGAUGGAGAAGGGGCCGAUUGACGCCAUCACCGGAGAAGCUCGUUAUUCUCUCAGUGAAGACAAACUCAUCCGACAGCAGAUUGACUACAAACAGCUGACGCUGAUGUGCAUCCCUCCAGAGGGUGAAGCUGGGACCGAGGUACCAGUGAAGGUGCUGAACUGUGACACAGUGACUCAGGUCAAAGACAAACUGCUGGAUGCUGUUUACAAAGGAAUCCCGUACUCGCAGAGGCCUCAGGCCGACGACAUGGACCUGGAGUGGCGUCAGGGUCGGCUCACCAGGAUCAUUCUGCAGGACGAAGACGUGACAACAAAGAUAGAGAGCGACUGGAAGAGACUCAACACGCUGGCACACUACCAGGUAACAGACGGCUCUAUGGUGGCACUCGUCCAGAAGCAGGUUUCUGCCUACAACAUCGCCAACUCCUUCACCUUCACCAGAUCACUAAGCAGAUACGAGUCAUUACUGCGGACAUCCAGCAGUCCCGACAGCCUGAGAUCCAGAGCUCCAAUGAUCACCCCAGACCAGGAGACAGGAACUAAACUGUGGCACCUGGUGAAAAAUCAUGAGCAUAGUGACCAGAGAGAAGGAGACCGAGGCAGUAAGAUGGUUUCUGAAAUCUACCUGACCAGACUUCUGGCAACCAAGGGGACGCUGCAAAAGUUUGUGGAUGACCUGUUUGAGACUGUGUUUAGCACCGCCCAUCGUGGCUCUGCACUCCCAUUGGCUAUAAAAUACAUGUUUGACUUCUUGGAUGAGCAGGCCGACAAACGACAGAUAACUGACCCAGAUGUCCGACACACCUGGAAGAGCAACUGCCUUCCUCUCAGGUUCUGGGUGAACGUCAUUAAGAAUCCUCAGUUUGUGUUCGACAUCCACAAGAGCAGCAUCACCGAUGCUUGUCUGUCGGUCGUCGCUCAGACCUUCAUGGAUUCCUGCUCGACGUCUGAACAUCGGCUCGGCAAAGACUCUCCAUCCAACAAGCUGCUCUACGCUAAAGACAUCCCCAACUACAAGAGCUGGGUCGAAAGGUAUUACAGGGAUAUAGCCAAGAUGCCCAGCAUCAGUGAUCAGGACAUGGAUGCCUACCUGGUGGAGCAGUCCCGACUCCAUGGAAAUGAGUUCAACACACUGAGUGCACUCAGUGAGCUCUACUUUUAUAUCAACAAGUACAAGGAAGAGAUCCUGACAGCAUUGGACCGGGAUGGGUACUGUCGUAAACACAAACUGAGGCACAAAUUGGAGCAAGCCAUCAAUCUGAUGUCUGGAAGCAGCUGAGAGAAAUGGGAGGAUGAAUGGACUGAUGGACUGAUGGAUGGG